AUGGAGGCCGCCGCUAACUUUCACCCCGGUUGGGGUGGGGAGGGGUGCUUCGGGCUGGGCGUCGCGGGGAACGUCGCCGGGCACAUGGCCCAGGCGGGGAUGACGCAGGACAGCGGGAAAACGCCGGCAAACAUCUUCGCCUUUUACUGCCCCGAUCCGCCCGAUUCGCACUCCGACGCCGCGGGCCAGGGCAAGAUAUUGGACAAGAUCCACACCUUCCCGGUGACGACGAACAUCGUGGAGUACCCACGCGAUGCGGGCGCCAGCAAGGUCCAGGUCGAACCCGAGAUGGCCGUCUUCGUCGACGUUCAGUACGCGGAGCCCGGUUCCGACGGCAAGAGGCUCGUCACCGGCCUCGUACCCAGGAAAGUCGCCGCGUUCAACGAUUGCUCCAUCCGCGCGCUUGAGGGCUCGGACAAGCUCAGCGAAAAGAAAAACUGGGGCGCGGAGUCCAAGGGGAUCUCCAGCAGGGUCAUCGACGUCGACUCGUUCGCGCCGGGCACGCUGGUGGACCGCCUCGUGAUGGUCUCCUACGUGAUGAGGGACGGGGUUGUCGAGAAGUAUUCCCAGGACGCGCCGGCUCGCAACUACACGAUGUUCCACGAGCCCCUCCUGGCGUGGAUCGUGGACCGCAUCAACAACCAGCGGAACGAGGACAAGUGGGACGACGUCGGCGAGCUGGUUCGAGCGGCGGGGUAUCCCCCCCACGCGUGGAUCGCCCUCGGCGCCGGCACCUACACGGCGUGGGGAGAGAAAAACUACCUCAAACAGCGGGACGAAGCCGUCGUCAUCGUGUACGACGACGCCAAGUUUCCGAACGGGCCGGACGCGGCGCAGGUGGAGGCGCUGUUCCACGACAAGACCGCCGCGGACGGCAUCGUGUGCGUCCACCAGACCUUCGUGUGA